AUGGCCAGAGACGUCAGUCCUCUGAGCCUCAUGCAUUUGUCUGUAAGGCACCAGCAAUGGGUUGGAGCCUCUCUGGGGUCCGUCCUCCCCUUCCUCCCCCUACGUUCUCUAAUUUUCUACUACUUUCUGUCAUGUGCAGCAGCAGCAGGAAGUUUACCCGGCAUAGAACAUGACUAUGGCAUUAGCCCAAAAUUUGUUUGCACCCCUAUUCCCCCAGAAGCAGACCCCAGCUGUUAUUCUCCACCCAGUGUGCCCCAUGGACCAAGCAGUAAUGGCCACACUAAUGGCCACAAUGGCAGUAACCGGCGAAACACGAUGUCUGACGAGGCCAAAGCCACCAUCUUGCACCUGCGCGAGAGCCUUGUAAGGCAAAAGGAGACCAUCCUGGACCAGCGGGAGACCAUCAGGGAGCUGACCGCCAAGCUCACAUUGUGCGAGGGCUUCGGUAGUCACCAUAGCACUGGUCACCAUGAAAACCGCCACGACAAUCACCAUGAGAACCAUCAUGAUAACCACCAUAAUGACCACCACGGGCAGCACAGCAGCCACCAUACGUCAUCAUCGCCACACCAUGGGCCUUCUUUAUAUCACAGCAACGAUCACCACUACUCCCAUGGCAGCCACAGGUCGGACCCCCACCACAGGAAAGGCUCGUCAUACGUAAAAAACAGCUCUUUCUCCCCUGAACAGACGGGCAAAACACUGCAGACACUGAAGGAGAGGCUGGAGAACUUGCAGGCCAGGAACUCCUCCAGCUCCUACUCCAGUUCCCUGAGAGAACUCCUCCAGCGCAAGAUCACCGCUCUGGAGGAGCAGCUGCACAGCUACUACCGAGAUCACCGUGAAUAUGGUCACCAUAACGACCACCACGAUGACCACCAUGAUGACCACCACGACGACCACCGCAGCAGCAGCCACUAUGACGACCAUCAUGAUGACCACCACGAUGACCAUCAUGGUACCAGUCACCACGAUGACCACCAUGAUGACCACCAUGAUGAUGACCAUCAUGAUGACCAUCAUGAUGACCACCACAAUGACCACCAUAAUGAUCACCAUAAUGAUCACCACAAUGACCACCAUUAUGAUCACCACGACUAUUACCAUGGACCUGGACACUUCGAUGACCACCACAAUCACAGCAAGCUGGAAACAGUGCUCAGCCAACUGCACCACGGCAGCACUGACCACGGAAACCAAAAGAAGCUAAAGAGUCCUAGCGCUUUCUUGCUCGACUUUCCCAUGAGGACCAACUACAUGUAUGCCAGGAUGAAGCGGUCAGUGGUCAGCGAGAUCUUUGCCCUGACUAUCUGCCUGUGGCUAAAGGCAGGUGCAGGUCCUGGCAUUGGUACUCCCUUCUCCUACGCCAUACCUGGACAAGCAAAUGAGCUGGUGCUCAUCGAAUGGGGCAGUAACCCCAUGGAGCUGCUACUCAAUGACAAGGCGGUGACAUUGCCCAUAACCAUGACAGAUGGGAAGUGGCAUCACAUGUGCGUGACAUGGUCGACACGCGAUGGUGUCUGGGAAGCCUACCAAGACGGGUUGAAGAAAGGCUCGGGGCAAAACCUUUCCGCCUGGCACCCCAUUAAGCCAGGAGGGACCUUCAUCCUGGGCCAGGAGCAGGACACGAUGGGAGGCCGCUUUGAUGUCACUCAGUCCUUCAUGGGAGAGAUGUCUGAUCUCCAGUUCUGGUCCAGAGUCUUGACGCCCAGCGAGAUCUACAGCCAGGCGACCUGCGGAGCCCACCUUACUGGUGAUGUCAUGUCCUGGUCGGAGGAGUCAUUGGAGCUCCAUGGAGGGCUCACCGAGAUCCCCUUUGAUCCCUGCCACUAAGGACUGACGCCGGAACCCCACACCGAAAGCUGUAGCAUCAU